AUGAAUGCACUUCAACAUUUUAACCCGGGAACAGUAGUGGAAUGGUUGCAUGCCGAUCAAUCAACAGCGGAGGUAAGUGUUUUUAAAUAUGUGUUUUGGACAUUUAAACCUUGUAUAAAAGGGUUUAAAAGAUGUAGACCUGUCAUCUCCAUUGAUGGUACUCAUAUUUAUGGAAAAUAUGACUUAAAGAUGUUAAUUGUUGUGACUGCUGAUGCAAAUGGACAAAUAUUUCCACUUGCUUUUGCAAUUGUUGAUAAGGAGACCAAAGAAGCGUGGUCAUGGUUUUUGUCGUACUUUGGAAUUCAUGUGGUAGCUGGUCGUAGAGGUGUUACGUAUAUAUCUGAUCGUGCUCCUGGAAUACUUAGAAGUUUUGAUGAUUUGGUUGAGUUGCAUGAGCCGAAUGCAUAUCUUCGUUUUUGUCUUAGGCACGUGAAGAGUGAUUUUCUGUCUAAGUAUCCUAAAAAGCAGCUUGAGGGAUUGAUGUGGCAGGCCACCAUCCAACACCAAGAACGUAAAUUCAAAGUUGUCAUGCAAUGUUUGAAAGAUGCUAAGCCCGAGGCUUACAAUUACCUAAUGAAAAUCCCACUAGAAAAGUGGACGGUUCAUCGUGACGGUGGUAGAAGAUGGGGCAUCUUAACAACCAAUCUUUCUGAAUCGUUCAAUGGGUUUUUGAAGAAAUCUAGAGGUCUUCCAGUUACUGCAAUGAUUAAGCUUACAUACGGCCAAAUUGUGGAAAGGUUUGUGUCCAGGAAACAGUAUGCACAAGACCUCAUUGAUGCACAAGAAUUGUGGCCCCCUGUGGUUUCAAGAAAAUAUCUGAAAUAUGAAUUGAAGUCCAAAAACCACAAGGUGAUAGCUUAUUCCAGGGAAACAUGUGUAUUCGAGGUUGAAACAUACCGUCGUGAAGGUCGCGGUGGCAGAAAACACAUUAUUAAGUUUAGGUGGCAGAAAACAUAUUAUUAA